UGUUUUCAAAUCAUACUUUACAAUUUGUGUCAAUUGUCAAAACAAAGACAUUAUGUAGGUAUUUAUUGUUUGACAACAUCGCUUAGGAGUUAGUGCAUGUUAACAUCAUGCUAUGUGUAUUUAUUAUCUAUGCUUGGAAGUCUGUUGGUAUGUCAAAUAAGUUAUUUUAUGUUUAUGUCCUUUUUUUGUAGUUUUUUUUUUACUUUUGAAUAGAAAAAUAAGUGUUGAACUUCAUAAAUAUAGGUAUGCUAUUUGGAUAACAUCCAAUGUCAUUAGCGGAAUUACGUAGCCACUUUUUUUUUGCAGUAAUGGACCUAGUUCGCAAUUACCUUUCAACCGUCGUAAGAGCAAUAAAUAUAAAUUUAGAUUUUGAUUGUGGAUCGUUGCAACCGGUCGGUCGAUUCCAAUCGUAUUAUAUAAUUUGCCUUUCCAAAUACGAAUUAUUCAUGUUGUGUACCGAAGGCAGACCGCGUUAACUUUAUAGCACUAUAUUUUGUAAAAUAUGUUAAAGUUUUUAACAUGUUUCAUCAUUUUCAUUUCGUAUUCGAAUUCUGAACUGAUACUCGAAAAGGUUUUGUUGCUUAGUAGGCAUAAUGUGAGGACUCCAUUGUCUAAAUCAUUACCGCAAACUUCCCCAAGACAAUGGCCUUCCUGGAGAGAAAAAAGUGGUUACUUAACGUCGAAAGGAAGGCUUCUAGAGGGAUACAUGGGUGAGUUUUUCUCUGAAUGGCUACAACAAAAAGGUUUGAUACAGAACCAGUGCCCGAGCGAUGACACACUAUAUGUUUAUGCAAACACAGCUCAGAGAACGGUAGCAUCUGCAGAAGCAUUUGUCACAAAAGGUUAUUCCGACUGCAACAUCACUGUGCAUCAUUCCGAUCGAGCAGAUCCAAUAUUCAGUCCGUUUAUUCAUAACUCCACAUUUAAGUUUCGACAGGAAGCUUUGAACCAAAUGAAGGAUUAUUUGAAUUCUUUACAUUUGAAUACUUCUUAUACUACCAUAGAAAAUAUUUUAGAUUACAAGAAUUCGCCACUUUGUAAACAAGAGGGUCUCUGUGAUAUGCUGACAGAUGAGAACCGUCCAAUGGUUAUUACAGGAAAGAAGCCAUUCAUAUCAGGUCCGUUGAAAUUAAGCAAAUCUGUGGUGGAUUCCUUCAUUAUGGAAUAUUAUGAGGGGUUUCCAUCGAACGAAGUGGCAUGGGGACAAAUAAAAUCUGAAGAUGAAUGGAGUACAAUAUUAAAUUUGAGCAGAGCUUAUCUCAAUGCUAUUUUCACUAUUAAAUUAAUAUCUCUAGAUUUGUCAAAACCAUUAUUAGGUUACCUAUCAAGUUUUUUAUUGAACGAUAAUAGCCCUAAAGUUGUAUUACUUAUGGGUCACGAUGCGAACAUUUACACAGUUCUAAGCGCAAUGGACUUUAGGCCUCAUGUUUUACAUGGUCAGUAUGAAGCCGUACCGGCUGGAGGGAAGAUUGUGUUUCAGAAAUGGUUCAACAUGCUCAACGGGAGCUAUCAUAUGAAAAUAGAAUAUGUAUAUCAAACUGCAGAUAAAAUGAGGAACGGAGUGAAAUUGUCUCUUGAUGAGCCCCCUGAAUUUACUACUUUAGAAUUGAAGGCUUGCACCGUAGACAAAGAUGGUUACUGCCCGUGGAACGAAUUUAAAACUUUAUUAGAGGAAUUGAUUGCUUAAAAAAAAUUGAAUAUAGUCAGAUUUAAUGCUGACUAAAUUGGAUUCGUGUUCUAAGUUGUAAAUGAGUCGUCUAUUAUCAAAGGUGGCAAUCUGUGCAUUUGGACAAAAAAAUGCUAUUGAUAUGUCAAUACAGAUUGAUUUGAAUAUAAUC